AUGCCGAGCUCAUGUAAAGAUAUACGAGCCGCGCUGGCGGAAUGCCUGCAGGAAUCCGAGUGCGUGAUGGUGCAGCGGCACUCGGCCGCCGAAUGCAUGCGCGAGCCCCUGCUCAGCACCCUCCCCACCAAGUGCCAGCAGCUCAAGAAGGGUUUCGGCGAGUGCCGUCGCGGCAUGGUCGACAUGCGCAAGCGCUUCCGCGGUAACCAGCCCGUCGCCUUCCGCAAGCUCGAGCAGAACGAGAAAACGGGCGAGGGAUACCAGCUGUACGCCGGCAAGUCGGCCUUUGCGGGCACCCGCGGAGAGACAGACGGCAACGAGAAGGAGCCGCAGGAUUGGAGGGAGGCCGAGAAUGAAAAAUACAGGGCUGCCGCUGCUGCUGCGGCCGCGGCGAACAAGUCAUCCAAGUCAUGA